AACAAGUUGGGCCAUCGACGAUACAAUGAAUCCGUUGCAGGGACCAUUACUUCGGAUAGGUGCCUUGUUGCUAUUGCUCACCAUACUGUCAAACACGUUUGGAUUCGAAAGCUCUACACAUUUUUACAACAAGAGGAUCACACAGAGAACAGCAGCAAGACCCACCACCAUUCUUUUAUCGGCCACCAACACAACGAAUCUCGGCAGCCAAGACRACAACAACAUUGCCAUCAUGCAGGACUCCGAUCCCCAGUUUUCCGAUACGACGAACGAGGCGGAUCUCGUCAAAGSCCUCGAGGAAGGAACCACCCUGAACGCKACCGAAAACGUGUGCACCGUCGACGAGCACAACCAGACCACCCCCAACGGACAUUCGAGAGCCCAAAUGCGCCUGAACCGAAUGUGGCACCGGGCGACCUACAUUGUGAUUCGCCACGACCACAGCGCCGGGGGCGACGGGGCUUCCUCUUCUUCCCCGGACGAAAACAUGGACGACCAGUUUCUUCUGGURCAACGAAGGACCAAGAUCAAAGACUACUGCCCCGGGAAGCUCGAUCCGACCCCCGGGGGUGUGGUUGGAUUUGGAGAAUCUUACUUGCUCAACGCGACAAGAGAAAUGAUGGAGGAAAUGAACAUCGAUCUUUCGGAAGGUUCCGGCAACGAGAUGAACGAGCUCUUUCGCUUUCCAUACGAAGACGACAAGGUGCGGGUGUGGGGUGGAAUGUUCGAAGUGAUCUAUCGCAAACCCCUGGAGGAGAUCAAGAUGCAACCGGAAGAAGUCGACGAAGUCCUCCGUCUUUCCAUAAGGGAAAUUCGAACCAUGGCCGUGGAGGAUCCUGGCGACUGGAUGCMGGACGGGUUGCACGCGAUUCGGUUGUACCUUCAGUACCGGCGCGACCAUUCCCUCAAGCGAAGGUUGCUGAAGGGGUACAGCAACGGGGACCUKGAAAGAUACCGGCUGCGGCCAAAACCCUCUGUCAUCUUUUUCGACUGCGACGACUGCUUGUACUUUGACGGGUGGCAGCUGGCCUCUAAACUCACCGCGAAGAUCGAGGAAUGGUGCACCUCCAAAAAGAAUCUGCCCGAGGGGGAGGCCUACGAGCUCUACAAAAAACACGGAACGGCCCUCAAGGGGCUGCUGAUGGAGGGACACAUGGAAGACUGCGAGAAGGAAAUCGACGAGUACCUGARGGACGUCCACGACGUUCCGGUCGCCGAGCACCUGACGAUCGACAACGAGCUUCGGGACAUGAUCCUGAAGAUCGAUCCCUCCAUCCCCAAAUACAUUUUCACGGCGAGUGUCCGGGACCACGCCGAGCGCUGCCUCCGCGCCCUCGGCAUCGAGGACCUCUUUGUCGACAUUAUCGACGUGAAGAGCUGCAACCUCGCCACGAAGCAUUCCGAGGAGGCCUUYGAGGCGGCGCUGAAAAUUGCGAACGUAGAAGAUCCGGAAACGGUGCUCUUUCUCGACGAUUCCGUCAAGAACAUCAGGGUCGCCCGGUCCAUGGGCAUCCGGUCGUUUCUGGUGGGUCGGGUGGGCCGGGACUGCGGCCAGCCCAUUACCACCGAGCACGCCGAGYACGAGAUCGAUCGCAUCCACGAUUUCCCWAAGGUCGUGCCAGAAAUCUUUGAACGGUAACAAUUUUCCGUGCCGAUCCGACCCGAAUGCCGGGCCGCAGACCAAAUCGGCGAUUGCUACCGGCGUCUCAAUCAACCUUGACUCAUUGU